AUGUUUGUUCGUUCCGUCCUUUUGGGUGGUACGGCCGCCCUGGGCGCCAGUGCGAUGCUGGUCGUCCCCGAGGCGGAUACUCCAGUCGACAAAGUCGAAACUAUUGAAGAUGGUAUCUUCUCCUACCUGGUGAUGAUGGAGUGCAAUGAGUGCCCUAUCCGCGAGGUCAAUGAAGAGGGUGUUGUCAGCUGGACUGACGGCAAGCCAUCAACUCUGUUCGUCGAUUUCCACGUCGAGGACAACCGCUUGAUGGCCAACGAUCACCAAAUCUUCCCACCCGUCCCCGCGAUUCCCAUCACUGUCACCCAAUAUGUCGAUGGAAGUAACGAGGAGUCUGGCCCCAUGACUGCCGGCUACGCUUUGGAGAUUGCGGCCAACCGCCACGCGCACUCUCACGACAUAUCCGAUGCCGACGUUCUGGAUCUUCGCUUCACCAUUCUCGACCUCGAGAACCACCCCGUUCCCGUCGACACCAUCGACCUCACUCUGGUCCUCGCCUCUAACGGAGACCUGCACCUUGCAGAUGGCGAGAUCAAGGAAACCGCUCCUCCCGCCGAGGAGAUGUCCUGGAAGAACUGCCACGGCAGCGCCAAGUGCCUGCAGCGUCUGGUCUUCGACCGUGUUCACGGUCUUCUUUCCGCUGCCAAGGACCGUGUCUUUGGCAUGGGCGGCAAGAAGGGCUGCAAGGGCAUGAAGGGCAUGGGCGGUACCCACAAGAGCCAUGAUAAGGCUGGCAAGAAGGGUGGCAAGGGCGAUCACCACAAGCACCAUGACGACGAUGAUGAGAAGAUUGACGAUCUCUUCGACGAUCGCGUUGAGCAGAUGGAACACGAUGCUAAGCACCCCCCACGGACCCCACGGCCACCACGGUGA